UCGUCGCGUUUCCAGCAGCCUCGCUCAGAUGCUGCUCUGCCUAGCUAGGCGGCUCUCCGGCUGUGCAGCAGCGACGAGCGCGCUAAUAGAGCAAGCAGACCGCCUGCAGCAAGUGGCGAGAUAGCAGCGAUACGCCUGCAAUUGAAACGAGCAGCGAUGCGGCCGUAAACAUGCUGCACCUUGCCCCCACAAAGCGCUACACAAUCCUCGAACGCGGCGCACCGAUAGUGCCACGCAUCCCGCUCGCCGCCGCCGCGAGCGCGCACGGAAUACAAUUGCUCAAAAAGCACGGCUACUUCGUCGCGACCGAGAUCGGCGCCGCGUUGGAGAAUGACGUCGCAACAAUCGAAACCGAACUAGAAAACUUCUUCGCCAAAUCGACGGAACGAAAGGAAAAAUGCAUGGGUACGGUCUACGCCAACGAACGGGGCCUGCCCAUGUUCCGCCGGGGCUACGAAAGGCAACAACACGUGCGGGAGUGUUUUCGCGUUCCUGUCCAGGAGGAGGGCCAGCCCUGGCCCUCUCCUCGAACAAAGGUGUGCUGGCGGCGCGUCAUCACGCGCUUCCAAGCUUUAUCAGAUGCGUUGCUAGAAGCGGUUGUCCCGGGACACGAGCGAGGCGAAGAUUUUUCGCUGGCCUAUUGUUUUAGGUACGGUGAAAAUGACGGCGGCGCGAACGGAGGUACUGAUAAUACGUUGGUGGGCGAGCACGCGGACGUGUCGUUAGUUGUCGUGGAACCGGUGGCGCGAGUCGCGGGCCUCGAAGUGUACGACUUGUGUUUGAAGCGGUGGGUCUGCGUCGAGGCCGUGUGUGUUCCUGGAAAGGAGCUCGUCGUCUUCGUGGGCAGGGCCCUCUCGUCAAAGACGGGGCUGCCGGCGCUCAAACACCGCGUCGUCAAGGCGGGCCGCGCGCGGCUGUCGUUCCUCUUCGAGCAGAAGUACGCGGCCUUCUUCGAGGGAGGGCUCCAGCACUGAGGUCUUGUGUAAGUUUUUGUCUGUCGC